AUGGGUUCCCAAAGUAUUCGUCGUCAAAAUCCGGUGCUCCCGGAUAGUAUUUUCCAAAUGUUCCGACUAGAUGAGAAGGUCGUCAUCAUCACUGGCGGUGCUGGUGGAAUUGGAUACCAGGUCGCUCGUGGCCUAGCAGAGGCUGGGGCCAACAUAGCUCUCUGGUACCACGGUUCUUCUCAUGCCGAUAAGUUGGCCUCUGAGUUGGAAAAGGACUUCGGAAUAAAGGCGAAGGCGUAUAAGUGUUCAGUGCAGAACUUUGAAGAUGUUCAAUCAGCAACCAACGCUGUGGUGCGCGACUUCGGCCGACUCGAUAUUAUGAUCGCAAAUGCUGGGAUUCCCUCAAAGGCAGGCGCAUUGGAUGAUAAAUUAGAAGAUUGGCAACGGGUGGUAGAUGUUGACUUUUCCGGCGCAUACUAUUGUGCUCGUGUUGCUGGAGAGAUCUUCCGUCGACAGGGACAUGGGAAUCUUAUUUUCACUGCCUCCAUGUCUGGUCAUGCAGCGAACGUUCCUCAACAGCAGGCCUGUUACAAUGCUUGCAAGGCAGGUGUCAUCCACCUGGCGAAAUCAUUGGCCGUAGAGUGGGCCGCUUUCGCCCGUGUCAAUUCUGUCAGUCCUGGCUACAUCGACACACCUAUCAGCAAAGAUUGCCCCUUUGAGAUGAAGGAGGAAUGGUAUAAUCUUACUCCUUUGAAGCGGGAUGCUGAUCCUCGCGAGCUCAAGGGAGUAUAUCUUUACCUCUCCAGUGAUGCGAGCACCUACACAACGGGCUGCGAUAUAAUUGUAGACGGCGGAUAUACCUGUCGUUAG